CAUCAACCAACAGCCGUGAGAGUAACUGCUUCAUCAGUUCUUCUCAAUCAUAACUGCAAUGUAUAUUCUGCUUUUGAUCUUCAUAUUGGCUUCUGCCGUUCCUGAUACUAAGUGUGUAAAGAAAUCAUCUGCUAAUAAAAUCGACCAAGAUGACGAUCUGUUUCCAAUCUACGAGUGUGACACCCGAACCCGAGAUUGGACACAACGUUGUUUGGUUCAAAUGACAAACGCCCAGCUUUCGUUAGAUCUGUGUCGUACCGGUGAGAAACCUGAUCAACCGUACGUGCAACGAUGUGUAAGGCAGUUGAAAGCGAUUGGAAAAUCCUGCCCACAACCUGCAUCCGUUGCCGAUAUGGCGAAUGAUAUGAUGAUGCAUAACCCACCGCCGCCUCCAUCAUCACCAAAUGCUCCAAAGUUGCGCACGGCUAAGAAAGAAAAGACCAAGAAACUAGAUAAGCCAUAUGAUAAAGAUGUAUUAUCAUUGUGAAGUCAAAAAAAACAUAAAAAAUGGCGUCGACAAUAAAGAAAUGUUAGUGAACUGAAUGAGAAUAUUGAAGAUUUCUAGACAAGUAUAGGAUGUUCUUGUUGUUCUGAAUGUUGUAAUAAAGUUUAU